GUAACACUAGUUAUAUUACGUUUUGCUUCUAAAUAAAGAAACAUUACCUUUCACAGUAUUGUACCUAGGUACGUAUCUCACCCCACGGUGGGGGCUAUUACAGGUAGCGGGGUACAACCUAUACACCUGGCAGCUACCUGGUAACCUUACCUACCUAGGAGGUACCUAACACCUGAGCAAUCAGGUCCAAAAACAAAGCUGCAUUAGGAAUUUUAGUUGUCGGUAGCGUUACAAUCUCCCCUCACAACCUUCUACAACCCUGUCUUUGCCUUGCCUCAGGUCCAAUUACCUCAGGUUUAAUCUUCCUUAUUCAUAUGCCACAUUCUCACAUUCUCACAUUCUCACAUUCUCAGACGCCAUUCACCAUUCUGGGUAUUAUACAUUAUCCCCCAAGUACUUUGCUCGGUUCGGAGGAGAGAGGCCGCAUACCACAGCCCCGCCGAACCGCUCCGCCUCGUUUGUCCUACCCCCUAUCUACUAGCCUCACCGUCUAAUAGGACCUCCUGAAUUUCGUGGCUCUCGAGUACAAGUAGGGACAUUUCACCUGCGGUCAAGUCGGAAGCAAACAUCAGACCAUCUCAGUCUAAACAUCUCCAAUAUAAAAGUCUUAAGUCAUCACCACCCCAAUGGCAAACGACAAAGACAUCAUCACCUGCCAUAUUCUGGACACCUCCGUAGGCAAGCCAGCCAAGGGGGUCCGCGUCAAGCUGGAAGGCGGGCAUGCUCCUCUUAAGACUUUUGAAUCUCAGACCGAUGACGAUGGCCGCAUCAAGGCGUGGCUACCAUAUUCCAGCAUCCACUCGUCAGGAGACGUACCCACUUACACUCUAGAUGACGUCUUGAGCGAGGUAGACUCUAAGUCCACCUGGACUCUCCGCUUCGAUACCGGAAGCUACUUUGGCGAGGGAAACACCUUCUUUCCCGAAGUUCUGGUCUCGGUCACCGUCGAAAAAGGCCAGCAUUAUCACGUGCCGCUGUUGCUGUCUCCUUACAGCUAUACGACUUACAGAGGCAGUUAAGGCACAUAUUAAAGGGGCUGGAGAGGGAAAUAUCAAAUCCGUUGGAGACGCCAUGGAGAAUGGCCUAUGAUUUGGAGAAAUCUCAAUAUGGAUCAUGGCGUUAACCCGGCUACAAUCGGUUCUCAUCUCAGCUACAGAUAUCAAGUAUCUUUGGCAUAUCAUCACAGCGGCUUAGGCCCGACGUGUUUUCCUAAGCACGCAUGGGAUGGAAGGGCAAACCUUCGUUAGGACUUCAGUUCAGACUUACAACACAAUUAAAAUUAAGCCACUUUUCUUACAGAGUCUUUCAUCAUCAUUAUUUUCUUAGACCCAACGUGAACUAAUAAAUCCCCAACUAUUUGGGUACUUAAGGUGUGCCC